AUGACCGUGGGCAACCCGUCGCCAGGACGUCGCCUCGCACGCUCCGCUCCCCUGGGCCUUUCUCCCUCUUCCGCCGCGGCGCUCGCUCCUUCCUCUUUCGUCGCAGUCUUUGUCUCGGAUGCGGGGGUGUGCGAUUCGAAGCGGUUUUUGGGCCUUCUUCUCGCGCGGGUGCCGGUGUGGCUCGCGGGCCUGCGUUGGGGGGUUUGGGGGAUGGGCGGGUGGGCGCAUGUGACACGCAGAAGUGACGUACAGGCCUCAUAUGGCGGGGCGGUCGCAGUGUAUGCGUUCAGAGAGGUGCGUGCUUGCUAG